AUGGGCAGCCUGGCUGUUUGGGCUGUGGCCGCGGCCGCUCUGCUGGGAAUGUCGGGGUGCUGGCUGGCUGAAGGGCACAAGAGCAGCAGGCGAGGCAGCGUGGAUACAGCCAGCAUGUCACGUACCUCCUCCCAGGAGCCACACUCCAUGGAGAAGGGGAAAGCAGACGGGAACAUCGAUCAAUCCCUCUCCGACCCAGACGGUGGUCCCUGCCGGAGGACCUACUGUGGACGGGGCCGGCAAUGCGUGCUGAUGGCAGCAACCGGGCGUGCCGAGUGCGUUUGCCAGGAAAAGUGCCGUCCCUCCUUUGUGCCGGUGUGCGGCUCAGACGGCAGGUUUUACGAGAACCACUGUGAGGUUUACCGCACCGCCUGCCUGGAGAGGAGACGGAUCUAUGUGGUGCACAGCAAGGACUGCUUCUUCAAAGGCAACGCAUGCACCAUGUCGGAGUACAACAGGCUGAAGAGCAUGCUGCUGGAUAUGCAACCGAAAGUACUGAACACUGGAGAGCAGGAACAGCAGAGAGACAUGGAGGAGAAGAGAGCUAUGGUGGACACCAUGUUUAAAUACCUGGAUGUGAACCAGGACGGCCGGCUGAUCAGUGACGAGCUAGAAAAGAUCUCGAUGAAGGAACACCUUGAGGACAGUCUUUUGGAGUGCACCAUGCAGGACCUGCUGCGUUAUGAUGAUUACAACAACGACGGUCACCUCAGCCUACACGAGUUCUACACAGCUUUCCAGGUUGUCCAGCUGAGCCUGGCAGACGACCAGCAAAUCAGCAUCUCCACGGUAACAGUGGGCCUCAGUGCUGUCCUUACCUGUGCCAUCCAGGGGACGCUGCGUCCGCCAAUCAUCUGGAAGAGGAAUGGCAUCAUAUUAAACUUCUUGGACCUGGAGGAUAUCAAUGACUUUGGGGAUGAUGGCUCCCUGUACAUCACCAAGGUGACAACCAUCCACAUGGGGAACUACAGUUGCCAUGCCUACGGCUAUGAAGACCUCUACCAGACACAUGUGCUGCAGGUGAAUGUCCCUCCAGUGAUCCUGGUCUAUCCAGAGACGCAGGCCCAGGAGCCCGGCGUAUCUGCCAGCCUCCACUGCCACGCCGACGGCAUCCCAAAUCCCAAACUCCUCUGGCUGAAGAACGGCAUGGAUCUGCAGCCCAGAUCUUCCAAACAGCUCUCUCUCAUAGCAAAUGGCAGCGAGCUCUUCAUUGGCAGCGUCCGGUACGAGGACACUGGAGCCUACACCUGCAUCGCCAAGAACGAGGUGGGAGUGGACGAGGACAUUUCCUCACUGUUUGUGGAGGAUUCGGCCAAGAAGACCCUUGCAAACAUUCUGUGGAGAGAAGAAGGACUGAGUGUGGGGAACAUGUUCUACGUGUUUUCCGAUGAGGGCAUCACCGUGCUUCAGCCCAGCGAAUGUGAAAUACGCAGACAUAUGAAGCGGACAGAGAGGAUCGUUGCUACCUAUGAGGAGAUGUGCCCUAAAGGUGAGGGGGUGUCACCUCAGCACUGCGUGUGGUCCUCAGCAGUCAACAUCAGGGAUAAGUACAUCUACGUGACCCAGCCCCUCCAGAGCCGACUGCUGGUUGUCGAUAUUCAGGCGCAGAAGGUGGUGCAGGCAGUUGCAACAGAUCCUUACCCAGUGAAGAUGCUGUAUGAUAAAUCACAUGACCAGGUGUGGGUCCUAACGUGGGGCGAUAUAGACAAAACACAUCCAACACUUCAGGUAAUUCCUCAAGCCAGCGUGGGCGAAGCACAUCAUGCCAUCCGCACGACUUUCCAGAGGGUGAACGACUUCUUCAUUCCUCCAACUAACCUCAUCAUCACUCACGUGAGGUUUGCCUUUGUCUUCCUCAAAAAUGAACCUGCGGUACACAAGAUUGAUCUGGAGACCUUCCACCGUGUCAAGACCAUCAGCCUGAAGAACUACAGCUGCAUACCAGUCAGCAUGGCUUACACACACCUGAGUGGCUUCUAUUUCGUCCAGUGCCAGAGCAAGAGCUUUCUGCAAGCCCCACCACAGCUAAUCAUCGACAGCGUGACAGAUGCUGUGAUUGGUCCGAACCUGAAUGUCACGGGCCAGGCUUUCGUGUCACCGGAUGGCCGCUACAUUCUGACACCUGACCUGCAGAGUUCAAAGCUGAUAGUACAGACAGUGUCGUUCCAAGGGGAGCUGGGUCUGAACCAGGAAAUAGACCAGCCUGUAGCUGUCUCUGAUCUGGUUUUCCAGCCCUCCUUCACAGAGUCCAACCAGCAUGUGGUCGUGGCCACCUCGGGCUCAGGCACGGACCUGCUGUUUGCCGAUCUGUCCUCGGGCCGCAGUGAGGUUCUCCGCAGCCUUAAGGAGCCCCUGGGCCCCCAAGCCUGGCCGUGGGGAGGCCCCAACAGAGUGGUGGUCUCCAGCGGGUUGUUCGGACAGUACCUGGUGACACCGUCAGUCGAGUCGCUCUUUGUCCUGAAUGGCAAACAGAGAACGCCGCACUGCGAGGUGUCAGACAUCAAGAGAGGGAACACAAUUGUUUGGGUGGGGGAGGUAUGA